AUGGCUGCUGGAAGGAAUGAUGAUGCGCUUGCGACAACAUUAACCCUGUUGGCUGGUGCCAUUCCGCAAAUGAAUGCUGGUGAUCAGGAGCGUGAUGCUGAUGAGUUCCGUGCUUUGGGGAAGUUCCAGAGGAACAAUCUGCCAACUUUUGAAGGAGCUCAUGAAGCUGACAAAGCUCAAGAGUGGUUGAAGGCGAUUGAGAAAAUAUUUCGAGUUAUGAACUGUUCAGAUGCGCAGAAGGUGCAGUUUGGCACUCAUAUGCUUGAGAAAGAAGCUGAGGAUUGGUGGCGCAACACUGUUCAAAGAUUUGAUGAGGAUGGCAUUGAAGUGACUUGGGCACUUUUCCCUGAGUAUACUACAAAGUUUGAGGAGUUAAUCAAAUUUUGUCCCCAUUACAAUACUACUAAUGUUGAGAGAUCCAAGUGUCUUAAGUUUGUGAAUGGCUUGAGACCUGAUAUCAAGAAGGCAAUGGGUUACCAACAGAUUACGAGAUUUUAUGAGUUGGUUAACAAGAGUAAGAUCUAUGAUGAGGAUAGCCGUGAGAGUGCUGCUCAUUACAAGUCCUUGCAUGAUAAGAAAGGAAAAGAGCAAUUCUGA